AUGGAGCCCACGGAGAAACUCUGCAGGAAAACGCGGGGCCAGGAUGCUGGAGGCAAGCCCAGGACUACUGGGCUGGAGUCGGAGGGACCAUGGAAGGGUUCUGCCCCACUUCCUGAAGAUGACCGAGGCAAGCAGUCCUCAUUCUCCAGGGCUGGCUCUGAAAAGAGACCACUGUCGGAGACCUCUGGAGAGUUAAUGAGGGAUGGCACCUGCAGAGGGUGCCACAACAAAGACCCAGCACCAGCUGCACGUAGUCCCCAGCCCCAGAAAGAAGUUUCUUCUCUCCUAGAGAAGGAGGUAAAGAGAGUGAAGCCAUCCAUCUCUGCAGUCCCCGGUAAGCUCAGGAAGCCUAACACUACGGGCCAACAGGAAAACCUGAAGGAAUCCCUAGAAGUGACCUUUCAAUUUCGGAAGAAGACUCGAACCCUGUACCGCUCAGACCAGCUGGAGGAACUAGAACGGAUAUUCCAGGAAGACCACUAUCCAGACGGUGACAAACGCCGAGAGAUUGCCCACAUGGUGGGGGUCACCCCUCAACGCAUCAUGGUGUGGUUUCAGAACCGCAGGGCAAAAUGGCGAAAAGUAGAGAAACUGAGUGAGAAGGAAACUAGAGAUGGUUCUGUAGCCCCCAGUGCUGACAGCAGUCAACACAGGUCUGCUCCUGAGCUUCUAGCUCCUGUGCCAACAGACCUAGAACCUGGCCCUGUUCCUCCAGAGCACAUUUUGGCUGCCUUGCCAGAGCCUCCCAUACUGCUGACUUCUGACCAGACUCAGACCCCCUCUCAACACAGUGAGGGUGCUCAGAGGGUGGCAAUCACCCCACCACUCUUCAGCCCCCCACCUCUUCGAAGGACCAACCUUCCUCCUUCCCUUAGUCCUAUCCAAGUUCCUCAAGUGAUACCUCCACUGAGGGACAUUCCUGGAAGUAACAGCAUACAAAAGGACAGGCCCUGUGGGUCCUGGGGUACCAGCAUCACCUCCCCACCCACCUGCUCAAAUUUGGAAGACUUGGGGCCUCAGGAUUAUCAAGCAAGCAGUCAGCUGGGUUCAUUCCAGUUCUCGCAGACUCCGCAGACCCCUCUCUUCCCACCCUUUCAGCCCCACUUUCCCUAUCUGCCCCCCUUCCCUCUGCCCAUUCCAAGCUUUCUACCACCGGAAGACUCUCUCUUCUCACUUCCGUUUGGCCUCAGUGGGGACACGUUACAGGAUUAUUGCGCAGGGCUGCCACCAGGUCAGAUCUUGCUACAGCCACCUACUGGAAAUAUGGGUCCAGGACCCUGGAGUGGCCAUUGUUUGCCCGAACCUCCCUUCCCCAGUCCACUCUGCCCACAGACUCUGGGGCACCCUAUGGGGGCAGAGGGCAACUUUCCAGACCUGCUUCCAGCUCCAUGUGCUCAGCCUAUAAGCAAGCACCUUCCGUUAGAACUCAAUGGGCUUCCUGAAGGCACUAGACCAGAGACAGGGUCCUCACUGAACAAAACUCCAGAACAGCAGACAGCCUCUUCUUUUGAGCAGCCCAUACCAGAGGAAGCGAGGGACAAGAUUAAGAAUAGCCAUGGCCCUGGGACUAAAGAGUGA